AGCCGUGCAACACGCGCGCCGCGGUGCACUCGUCGUCGUGUUCUCGUCGCGUGCAGACAUUCGUUCGUCCGUAUGAAAUAGGAUUGCUUAGAGUAAAAAAAAUCAAAAGCAUUAUUACUCAAAAGCCAAAUCUAUUGGUUGAUGGUCAAGUUAUUAUAAUAACCACUUACCUAUUUUGAUUUUGUAACGGUAAGGGACGAGAUAAAUAUUAAAACAUUAAUACCAAACCAAUAACCAUUUGCACGAUUUCGGAAUGUUUGUCACGUACCCAUAAUUUUCUUAUCUCGUGCGGGAAAUCGUAUAUGGCCUACGGGGCCACGUAGACCGCGGCUGCAGUCCGUCUGUGGCGUCAGUGGUGGCGUGGUGGCCACGUAAAGGUUGCAUAUUGUGCAUCUUAUUGCUAAUGGUUUGAAUGCCAUAAUGCUUCAGAGAUCUCCAUCAUCAAGGAAGAGGCGUACCGCCAAUAAUGACUCACGUCGAACCAGCGUGGCGUUUAAUCUGGAAAGUCAGUCAACGAGACUUGCAGAAGGAGGAAGGCAACAGACGCAGCAGUCCCCACAACAUGGUGGACAACAUAGAAGAGCUAGUAUAGCAGCUACUUCACCUUCCGAUGGCUUUGAAAUGCGACAAAGGACUAGAGUAUCGCCAGAGGAGGAGUUCUUUGAAUAUACUCAUAAACGAAGUCCCAGACCGAGUUUUGUAUCGGAAACCAAAGUACUGUAUAUUGAUAAGAGUCCUAGAAAUAGUUUGGUUCCAGAUAUGUCAAGGAGCCCGCGAACGAGUUUGGUACCAUCAGAUCAUCGAAAACCCCCACGAUUAUUACCAGACGAACAACAAGACUCAUAUGCACGGUCUAGUCCUUCACGGCUUGAAGUCGAUGUCAAUCGGAGUCCUAGGCAUAGUCUUACAUGUGAGCAUCCAGAUCCAAGAAGCCCAAGAAGUCCAAGAGGUAGUAUGGUACCAGAAGAUGAUUAUUCAGAAUUACGAUCAGGACUGCGAUUGGACGUGGAGAGUUUCAACCGAAGCCCAAGAUCAAGUACUGCUGGCUUAGAUCCAUCAAGAAGUCCAAAAAAUAGUUUAGUGCCAGACCCAAGUCGAUCACCUAGAGGGAGCAUUGCUUAUGAUUUAAAUCGAAGUCCUCGAGGUAGUUUGGCAGUAACACCUGAUGCCAAUCGGAGUCCUAGAGGUAGCUUGAUACCAGACCCUGGGAAAAGUCCCCGAGGUAGUGUGGUAUCAGAAGGUGCGUAUAAUAUGAGUCGGUCAGCAAGAAGCAGUAUACCAAUGGCCGAAUCAGCUUCUUUGGGAAGAACGCCAAGAGGAAGCAUAGGCUCGGUGUCUUGUGUCCACUUUGAUCCACAGCUAAAAUCAACAAGGAAUUCAAUUGAACCGGGAAAUGGAUCUCCAAAAGGAACUCUUAAAGACACUCAAAAAAGUUCGUCACCGUAUAAGAAUACACAAUAUACACAAAAACAGAUGUUUCCCGACGAAUCAAGAAGAGCUAGUAGUAGCGUCAGUCAAGUUUCCGGUGACGAGAGGAAACGCUUGUGCGAGCAUGUUAAGCCUUGCGACAGUGGCCUGACCGUCUAUGGUUCGUUGACAUAUCAAUUGAACCAUGCCAAUAUGGAGUCGACAGGCAUAUUCGAUUUUAUCAUAAAAGCACUGAGUAUUAUUCAUAGGACAGUGAUAAUGACGGUAAUUUUGUCCAUUUUCACGGUGGUGCCUUUAAUUAUGUUCGUUGUCGGCGUCGAGUUCGUCCGGGACUGUCCGCGGGAACCGCACAUACCGGUGUACAUGAUCGUGGGAGGCAUAUUUGGCAUGAUCAAGAUGGUGUGGCUGCUGUGCCGGCAGGUCAAGUCGCUGCGGUACAACAAGCGCCGGCGGCCGGACAUGGGCACGCGGGAAGACAUGGUGUCGUCCAUGGGGUCGCGCAUAGCGUCCGUCGGGCUGGCCGCGUUCCUGGCCGGUUGGUUCGCGCUGGGCAACUAUUGGAUACUGUCCGUGUACUGGCCCGACUCGGAGCCGUCGUCGCUGUACGAGCCCAACGUGUGGUGCAACCGGACGCUGUACGUCACCAGCCUCGUACAUCUCGCACUCGUGUACGCGGCCGGCGCCGUAGUGCUCGCCGCCGUCGUGGCCGUGUUGGUGUUCCAGCAGUGCGCGCUCCGGUUCAAAUAGCAUACGGCCACCACGGCGCUGUGCGGUUGCGCCCACGGCCACCACGGCAGCCGCCGCAUGACCAUCACCAGCAUACUGCCGUACAGCGCCAUCCACAUCAGCGUCACCCAACCCGUGGACGACGGUGGAUGUGACGUGGCCCUGUAGUCCUGUUGACCGCCACGAUUCGCCGCCAUCAGCCCCGACCACCAAAGCUCAUCCCCAACGCCGAGACCACUGCGAUGCCUCGGACGACGGAGACUUUCUGCAGUCGUACUUUUGCGCAUCUAGCUAAUCGUGCCACAGUGUAAGUAGGAACUCAUAAAUAUUCGAGUACUUUCGAUACAACACGUGCAAUAAUAUUCGAAUGCAUUUACCGUUUUAAAAUACAAUAAUUUUGACUUAUUUCUCAUCAACUUUUUUCAACAAUAAAUUCUAAUAUUAUACUGACGAAUGACCCUCAUUAUCGUAUUGGUAAUUAAUUCUUAUUUACGGUUAUAUGUAUAUAGAUUAUAGAUGUAUUAUUAUAUUUACCAAUAGUAUAAUAUUUUAUUUUGGUCCUUAAAUAAUGUGUAAAAACGUAGAACUCUCGGGUACGGCUGAGGUGUGGUGUAAGGGUCUAACCGUCACGAUCAUAAUAAUAUAUCAGCACUUGCAGCUUUCGGAUAAUAUCAUAAGGAACACCUCUUAAUCGAAUAGAUUAAUGCUGAGAAACCUACUGAGAUCAUAAUAAUAUAUAAUGUCGCUGGUGAUUGGUAAGUACCUCUGAUCUCUCGUAUCUUUGCCCUUUGUAUUCAACAUAUUAUUAAGAUCGUCGCAUUACGCAUCGGUACGCAAAGUCAUUUCGUGUGCAUCCAUAUUAUUAGUUACCUACCUACCUAAGUACGACAUCUGUGUCAUGUGCACUAGUUGCCACGUCGUCGAGUUGUUUCGCUCAUUGUCAAAUAUGGCCGAUAUGUUAUGGCACAGAUCCGAUACCACGUAGACGCGUAGGUAUAACGAUUUAUUGCGUAUAAUUUAUAAUUUAUGUGAGCAUUAUAGAAUAUUUAUGGCCUGUUUCUUGCCGUGUUCGUUCCCGUAAAUAACUUCUAUUUUUCUAAUUAUUUGUAUUUUUUAAUUAUGAUUUUGAACAGUUAUUAUUGCAUUAUACCGAGUUACGGUUAUUAUAAUUUCUCUCAUGUUUGCCCGGUCUAUUUAAACUUUAGAAACCGUGUUUCGUAAAAGUCGAUUGUAAAUAUUUUAAAAGUAGAAUUUUACUAAUUUUCAUUAUUUAAAUAGUUAAGAAAGUUUUAAAGUUCAUGCGGUGGGUAGAGGAGCAUAAUAUAUUGUCGGGUGGCGGAUAAUAUAUGUAAGAUACAGAUAAAAACCGUGAAAUACCCUGUGCAACUUUAAGUGUAAUUUAACGAAUAUAAGUCACGAUAAACCUGCUACAUUCCUUGCUUCCCUUAUAGAACGAUUUUUUUUUAAUC